UUGUUGCAUUGCCCCGCGUUUCGACAUGGUGGCGGAGUGGAUGCGCGCGUGUCGCGUGCGGAUUGAACAAGCGUUUCUUUAUGACGUUUCACAAGAGAGACACGGCGUUGCGGGCGUUGGUCGCAAAGGAAGCGGCUUCCAUGCGCAAAAAGUGGACCGGUAAGCCGUGGGCGACGGAUUCGCGUCUCUGUUAUUGUUGUUGUUUAGCCGGCGCACGCGCGAACGGGUCGGUCUGGAAUCACCUGUGCGCGCGCGAGCGAGGGGUCGAGUGUUGCGCCAAAGGAGAAAUAGAUGUAUAUGGCGAUCAAGAAUCGAAGCGCGGUCGCGCAGGCGCUGGGCGUUCAGGACAGUCUGGCGGGUGAAGGUGCUCUAGAAACAAAAUGACGAGGUGCUGACAGGCAGGGGUCGCUGCGGUCACCGAACUUGUCGGCAAAAUAGUUUCUCCGGCCUAGCAAGCCUAGGUUUCGGCCUGAAGGUUGC